AUGGGGAAACUCAUUCGUCUCGAGCUGUUUAACUUCAAAUCCUACAAGGGUCAUCAUACGCUUCUCUUCGGCGACUCCUACUUCACCUCCAUUAUCGGUCCAAAUGGAUCCGGCAAAUCGAAUUCUAUGGACGCCAUCUCCUUUGUCCUCGGUAUCAAAUCGUCGCAUCUCCGUUCUGCCCAUCUCAAAGACUUAGUGUACCGUGGUCGAGUCCUCAAGACUUCCAAGAUCAACGACGAUGGCUCAGCUGCCGAGCCAACAACGAAUGGACAUGCCAAUGGUCACGUUAACGGCGACGACAAUGACAAACCAAACCGCAGCGAUCCUAAAACCGCGUGGGUCAUGGCCCGAUGGAAACGCAGUAUUACGAGUGGUGGGUCGAGCGAAUACCGCAUUAAUGACCGGGUCGCAGAGAAUAUCCUUAUCAAGGCCCGAAAUUUUCUUGUUUUCCAGGGCGAUGUCGAGGCUAUCGCUGCCCAGUCGCCUCAUGAUCUUACACGCCUGAUAGAGCAAAUCUCUGGUAGUUUAGAGUAUAAAGCCGAGUACGAGAGGCUCCAAAGUGAAGCGGACCAGGCUGCCGAAAAUUCUGCCUUCCAAUUACAGAGACGUCGUGGCAUCAAUUCUGAGAUCAAGCAGAAAACCGACGAGCGUGAUGACGCUAUACAAGACCACCAGGAGAACCUCAAGGAAUUUAGGCGCAACGUUGAAUCCUUCGAGAGGAAACUCGAGGCUGCUCGCAAGGAACAAGCUGAUGCUGCCAAGGAAGUUCACAGAGUAGAGCGCCAGAUCAAGCGUCAAGAGAAGGAAAUCGAGGAGAAGGAGAACAGUCUCGUUCCCAUCGAAGAAAAGGUUCAGCAGACAACUAGCCAAGCCGACACGAUUCGGAAGAGGAUCGAUGCUAUAGAAAAGGAUCUAGCCACAGUCCAAAAAGCCCAGAAGCAAUUCGAGGAUCAAUGGAAGGAGACCAUGAAGAAACAAGGCAAAGAACUCAGCGAUGCUGACCGAAAGGAAUACAACACCCUAAGGGCGCAAGCACUAAAUAAGUCUUCGGAGAACCAGGCUAAGUUAGAGAAUCUCAAUCGCCAAUUAAAGACGGAUGAAGUUACAGUGAACAGUCUAAAGGGCAAGGUAGACGGUUACCAAGCUGCUAUGGAGAAAUUGGAAGCCGAGCUAUCAGUGAUUCAAGAACGGAAAGGCACCACAGAAGCUACUGUCAAACAACUUUCUAGUGAGAUGGAUGCUAAGAAGAAGGAAUUCAACCAAGUCCAGUCCGAGAGAGUUAGAACCAAUCAGAGACGGACAGAGCUUGAUGAGAAUCUUCAAGAUGUCUUGAAGAAGUUACUAGAGGCUGAUGACGGGAGACGCCAGAAUGACAAGGAAGCACGAAUGAAAGAGAUGGUCACCUCUCUGAAGCGCAUGUACCCAGGCGUCAAAGGCAGGGUAGGAGAGUUAUGCAAGCCGAAACAGAAGAAGUUUGACGAAGCAGUCAUCACCGCCCUUGGACGUGACUUCGACUCUGUCAUUGUUGAUAGCGAGAAGACCGGCGUCGAGUGUGUACAGUAUCUGAAAGACCAACGUUUCCCGCCAAUGACCUUCAUACCACUAGACAACAUCAAAGUCAACGCAGUGAAUACGGCUGUUAAGGGCAUUUCCGGUGCGCGGCUGACGAUCGAUGCUAUUGAUUUUGACCCAUCUCUCGAGCGCGCCAUGUCUUAUGCGUGCGGUAGCUCGAUCGUGUGCGAUGGCUUGGAUAUUGCAAAGCACGUCUGUUACGAACGCAGAAUCCAAGUCAAGGCAGUAACCCUGGAAGGGUUUGUCAUCCACAAGGCGGGCUUGAUGACCGGUGGACGAGAUAACAACAAAGGAAACAAACGCCGUUUCGAAGAGCACGACGUUCAGAACUUACAAAAAAUGGCAGAUAAACUCCGGGAUGACAUCGAGAAGCUACCUAGAACAGAUCGACGUGGCACCGCGGAGGAAAUGUUGCAGAAUGAGCUCGCCGGGCUUGAUCAGCGCCUAGCGUUUGCCAACAGCGAAUUGAGUGCGUUCAACCAAAAUCUUGCCAGCAAGAAGAAGGAAUUAGAGCACGUCAAACGCCAGCUUAAGGAGUGGCAGCCCAAGUUUAAGGAGGAAGACAACAAGCUGCAGAAAACCCGGGCAUCAGUCGAGAAGUUCAAGGCUGCAAUUGCCGAAGUGGAAGACAAAAUAUUUGCCGAGUUUUGCAAACGGCUAGGGUAUGCUGAUAUCCGGGCUUACGAAGCACAACAAGGCACUUUAGAACAAGAGGCUCACGAGAAGCGCACCCAAUUCGACCUCCAAAGAUCUCGGCUAGAAAGCAACAAAAGCUGGGAAACGUCUAGACACAACGAGACCGAGAGCAGACUUCGCAACCUCGAGGAUCGCUAUAAACGACUAUCCCAUGAUGUUCAAUCCUAUCAAGCUGAGAAGGAAAAGAUCGAAGAAGCAAUGGCUAACGACCAAGACACUCUCGCAGGUCUACAAGAGCAGUUAGAUGAGUAUAAGGCCGAGCUUGCCAAAAGGUCCGAGAAGGUCAACGCAGCCAAGGGAGAAGUACAAAAAAGGAGCAAAGAUAUUGAAAGCAGGCAAAAGGCAAUCAGUGCAUUGGAGGCGGAGGUCCAGAAGAACAGCGCUGGCAAGUUUGCUUUGCUAAGACGAUGCCGAUUAGAGCAGGUCAACAUCCCUCUUGCGGCAGGAUCACUGGAUAAUCUUCCUAACGAAGACAACCUCUUGCACCGAGACCCCGAUGCCAUGGAUGUGGACGACGGCGAUGAGGCGGAUUUUAUGGACGAUGCUAUGGAUGACUAUGGCAUCGAAGUUGAUUUCGACCAGUUGAGUGAAGAUCUCAGAAACCCCGACGACGAAAGUGUUGAGGAGAAGCUACAAGACAAGAUUUCGUCGCUCACGGCGGAGCUUGAAAAGCUAAAUCCCAACAUGCGAGCCAUGGAACGGUUAGAGGUAGUCGAGGCACGGCUUAAGGCAACGGAAAAGGAUUACGACGACUCCAAGAUUGCUUUCAAGACCGCCAAGGAUGCAUUCGAUGAGGUCAAGACAAACCGUUUCGAGCUCUUCAACAAGGCGUUCGUGCACAUACAGGAGCAGAUCUCGCACGUGUAUAAGGAUUUGACACGGUCAGAUCAGUAUCCACUCGGUGGUCAAGCCUAUCUUGAUAUCGAGGAGGACACAGAUAAACCGUACCUAUCAGGCAUCAAGUACCAUGCUAUGCCACCCCUCAAGCGGUUCCGAGACAUGGAGCAUCUUUCGGGUGGUGAGAAGACUAUGGCUGCCCUCGCGCUGCUCUUCGCUAUCCACAGCUAUCAACCCAGUCCCUUCUUCGUGCUCGACGAGGUUGACGCGGCGCUUGACAAUCCCAACGUCGACAAAAUCAAGAACUACAUCCGCGAGCAUGCGGGCCCCGGCAUGCAAUUUAUUGUCAUCAGUCUCAAGACUGGUCUGUUCCAGGAUAGCGAGAGCCUAGUUGGUGUAUACAGGGACCAGGAAGUAAACAGUUCGCGAACGUUAACCCUUGAUCUACGAAAAUACGUGUAA